CGUUUGGUAAAGAUAAAGACAAAGAAAAGAAGCUGGAUGAUGACAGUAACAGCCCGACCGUCCCCCAGUCUGCUUUCUUGGGGCCCACCUUAUGGGACAAAACCCUUCCCUAUGAUGGAGAUACUUUCCAGUUGGAAUACAUGGACCUGGAGGAGUUUUUGUCAGAAAACGGCAUUCCCCCCAGCCCGUCUCAGCAUGACCACAGCCCUCACCCCCCCGGGCUGCAGCCAGCGUCCUCAGUUGCCCCCUCGGUCAUGGACCUCAGCAGCCGGGCCUCUGCACCUGUUCACCCUGGCAUCCCGUCUCCAAACUGCAUGCAGAGCCCCAUCAGACCAGGUCAGCUCUUGCCAGCCAAUCGCAAUACACCAAGUCCGAUUGAUCCCGACACCAUCCAGGUUCCAGUGGGUUAUGAGCCAGAUCCUGCAGAUCUUGCCCUCUCCAGCAUCCCGGGCCAAGAAAUGUUCGACCCUCGCAAACGCAAGUUCUCUGAGGAAGAACUGAAGCCACAGCCCAUGAUUAAGAAAGCUCGCAAAGUCUUCAUCCCUGAUGAUCUGAAGGAUGACAAGUACUGGGCAAGGCGCAGAAAGAACAACAUGGCGGCCAAACGCUCCCGCGACGCCCGGCGGCUGAAGGAGAAUCAGAUUGCCAUCCGGGCUUCGUUCCUGGAGAAGGAGAACUCGGCCCUACGCCAGGAGGUGGCUGACUUAAGGAAGGAGCUAGGCAAAUGCAAGAACAUACUUGCUAAGUACGAGGCCAGGCACGGGCCCCUGUAGGAUGGCAUUUCUGUGGGCUGGCUUUUGAAUAGAUGGACAGUUUGUUUCCUGUCUGAUAGCACCACACCCAAACCAACCUUUCUGACAUCAGCACUUUACCAGAGGCAUAAACACAACUGACUCACAUUUUGGUGUGCAUCUGUGUGUAUGUGUGUGUGUGUGUGUGUGUGUGUGUGUGUGUGCUUGUGCAAGUGCUUUAUCAAUGGUGUGUGUGCGUGUGUGUGCGUAUUUCUUUGCACUUGCCAUUUUAAGAUAAGAUAGCCCUCUCAUCAUCUUUUAGUUCCCAAAAAGAAAGGUGCCAUGUUUAUACUAGACUUUGGAGACCUCACAUGGGUUUUCCUCCCCUCCCUUCUUCUCUACUCCUGCCCUUUUGGCAUUGCUUUGUGUUCAAGCUUACCAAUUUCCCCAGGAUCUGUGUUUGAGUUCACUAAGAAGGGCCCUGGUCAAAUAGCAGGUCUCAGUUUUAACGAGUACAAGCUCUCGUUUCUGUUUAAUCUGUAAGUUACCAUGCUAAUAAGGUGCACAGAAUAACUUAGCACUACACCACUGCUCUAUUCAUUUAUAGGUUGCUUUCCUCGUAUUUUCCGUUUUGGUGAUAAUUGUCUUCAAAUUUAACGUGCUGUUUAGAUUUAUUAGAUCCCAUAUUUACUUACUGCUAUCUACUAAGUUUCCUUUUCAUUCUGCCAACCCCAGAUAAAUAAGAGUACUAUUAUAGAACACAGAGUGUUUUUGCACCGUCUGUACCUAAAGCAAUAAUCCUAUUGUACUCUAGAGCAUGCUGCCUGAGUAUUACUAGUGGACGUAGGAUAUUUUCCCUACCUAAGAAUUUCACUGUCUUUUAAAAAACAAAGGUAAAGUAAUGCAUUUGAGCAUGACCAGAACAUCCCCAGGAAAGGGAAGCAGAGGGAAAUGGGAGGUCUGUGAAUGAGGGGCUAAUUUAUCAGUACAUGAGCCAAAAAAAAAAAAAAAAAGAAAAAAAAGAAAAAAAAAAGCAUCUUGGAAUAGCCUUUGACACUGAUAUGUUUGGUUUUGUCGUCUCCCCUCUCCUCCACUCUAUCCCACCCCGACUUUUCUAGUUAACUUUUUCCAUACCCCUCUUGAUACUCGAAACAAUUCAAUUAAGAUUCAGUUUUUCUGUUUUUUUUUGUAAUAUAUAUAUUUUUGUGAAUUAUACUUUGCUGUUUUUAAAAAUCAGUUAAUUAAGUUAAUAAGUUGAAGUUUUGUAAAAAAAAAAAAAAAAAACCCUUUUCCUAGUGGUGUCAUUUUUGAAUGCCUCAUAAAUUAAUGAUUCUGGAGCUUAUGUUUAUUAUUCUGUUUGCUUUUGAACGUAUGUGCUCUUAUAAAGUGGACUUCUGAAAAAAAUGAAUGUAAAAGACACUGGUGUAUCUCAAAAGGGGAUGGUGUUGUCACAAACUGUGGUUAAUCCAAUCAAUUUAAAUGUUUACUAUAGACCAAAAGGAGAGAUUAUUAAAUUGUUUAAUGUUUAUACAGAGUAAUUAUAGGAAGUUCUUUUUUGUACAGUAUUUUUCAGAUAUAAAUACUGACAAUGUAUUUUGGAAGACAUAUAUUAUAUAUAGAAAAGAGAAAAGGAAAACUAUUCCAUGUUUUAAAAUUAUAUAGCAAAGAUAUAUAUUCACCAAUGUUGUACAGAAAAGAAGUGCUUGGGGGUUUUUGAAGUCUUUAAUAUUUUAAGCCUAUCACUGACACAUCAGCAUGUUUUCUGCUUUAAAUUAAAAUUUUAUCAAGGCUUGCUGUGACGAAUCCUGCUCCGAAAUACUUCAGGAGCUUUCUCAUUUCUUAUUAGGGCUCAGAAAGAAGUCAGUUAACAUCACCCAAAAAGCACAAAAUGGAUUUUAGUCAAAUAUUUAUUGGAUGAUACAGUGUUUUUUAGGAAAAGCAUCUGCCACAAAAAUGUUCACUUCAAAAUUCCAAGUUCCUGGAACCCAGCGUUGCUGCCAGUGCCCUGAACACUUCUGUUCUCCAUGGGCCCAGGCGUCUUAUGCAGUAUGAGGUUGAUAUCGGUGCUAUAUAUAUGGCUUAUAAUUUGAUAGACGUGUUGAACAUUAAAGAUGAUUGUUCUUUUGUCUUAAGUUGUGUAAUAUCAAGAGAAUCUGCUGUUACUGCAAAGAAGCAUUUUGUGCUAAAUUAAAAUACCAUUUCAUCAAUGAGAUGUUCUAAUUUCCUGCCUCCAUAGUAUCUCAUUCUUUGGUGAUCUCCUGGUCUCCUGGUCAGUCCAUCCGCAGUACUUCUCACAGGGUCAUAGUCUAGGAAAAGCCCUACCAGCAGGCUGUCCCUACUAGGAACCCAUUUUGUUCUAAGCUACAGAUAACGAUAGGAGAUGGAGCAGUAUCGGAAUUGAAAUCAUCAUUGAAGAAAAUAAUAAAAACUAAUGCAACCUUUGGCGAGCCUAAGCAGAACUGAGUAAGAAAUACUCACCAAGAGACACAGUGGACAUAGAGCUGGCCUCUUUUACAGACAGAGAUGCUAAUUGCAGAGUUGCUGGAUGGCAAUAGUCAUUAAGACAAUUCACAGAUUGUAUCUUUAAACGGAGAAGUGUUGAAGGAUUGCACCAUGGAGCAUCCAAAUAUGUGACAGUAUCAAAUGGUGGCUAAAAAAUCUGUAUUUGAACAUGAGUCUGUCUUGGAAUUCAGUUGUUUGUGUCAAAUGAACAUCACACGUGUUUUCUGCAGAGGAAAUAAAAAAGAUCCAAAUAAAACAUAUUCUUUUGUGUGCCAGGAGAGGUUUCAGAAACCUACCUCGUCUUAAAAGUCUGUACAGGUGCCUUAUAUGUAGGUAAUUGUCACCACACACACGUAAACAGUCCUUUCUGGACUGGCUGCCUGUCCGUCCAGGGCAAUUAACUAGGUAAGGAAGCAGCUCUGCUAAAUGGAGUGGGAAGUUUUGGCAUGACUUGGAUCAACCAGGGUCAAAUGAAUGCCUGCAGACUGCAGCUGUUCGAAGAGUGCUGUUGUCAUUUGUCACCUUUUCAUCCUCAGCCUCUUUCAGAGAGUAAUUACUUGGCCACUAUAAAUGAAUCCACAUCGUAUUGUGCCAACAUCAUUUAGACAUGAUUUGGACUGAGUAGCACAGGACUUCCUGAUAAGUUCACACCAUUGUUUCUUUUGAUUACAUUCGCAAAGAAAGGCAAAAAU